AUACUUGUUUUCAUUCCUUCAAUCCAAAAAAGAGAAACAAAAGGUACAACAAAAGUCUUCCAAACUCAUGGUUGGGUACAAUAAGAGUAAGGAGCAAAGGCUUGCAACAUAGAUAAGAUAGAUAGGAGAAGCAAUAAGCUUUGAGGAUAGAUCCCUACAAACCCGGAGACAUAAGCUAGAUAGCAACAUGCCACAUGCGAGAUCAUAGUGUGUUGAAGACACUUUCGUGAACAGUUCGGAAAUUUUAGAAUUAGUCACUAUCAACAGAUCUAGUGACGUUAAGAAUGGAUAGCAAAGUACAUAAAAAGAUAUGUGUUAGUAAAUUUCCUUGUGAACCACUUCCUUUUUUCUCUUAUAGAGUGAGAGAUAAGGUUCACCACAUAAGUAACUUUGAAAUUAUAUACACCUUAAAGACUCUAAAAGCUGACUCUAUAGAGCAAGAGAUAAGGUACACAACGAUUUAAUAAAGAUGAAGAGAUUUGGCAUAUGUUACCUGAAAUUUCUACUAUUCUUCUUUCCACAUAAAUGAAUCAGAAAAUGAGAGCGAGGGAGAGAUAGUUUAAGUAGGAAGAGAGAACAGAUUUCAGAAUGCAAGAGGGAUAUGAGGAAAUAUUAUAGCGAUUUUGGAGACCUUCUCCUUUGUGAGUAAUCAUAUUUUCUUUUUUAUGAUAAACUUAGAAACAUUAUUGAGAAAACUUUUAUAGCAAAAAAAGUUGAGAAAACUUCUCAACUUUUUUCUCUGACUUGGUGUUUUAUAUCACAAAAUAAAAGUAAUAUAAUUGAUAAGGGAUAAGGAGUUCUAUGAAUAUAUAUUCAUCACAACAAAAAUAAGGAAAACAGUUCACACUAGCGGUUAGAAGUACCCUCCAAAAAAAGCGACCAUGGCCUCAAAAUGCAUAGAUGCUUGUGUAAACAUCAAAAUAGACUCCAUUUGCAUCCGGCCUGUUAUGACUUACGCCAAUCUCUACAAGUGGCCAAUGGCGGAGGCGGAGUUCGUACGGUCAAUCAGUAACGACGGUAGCCAGCGUCGCACCACGGUGGUUGACAGCAUAUCUUGUAGGCAAAUGUACCUUAGAAGCUACACUUUUUCAACAAAAGAGAACGAAGAAGACAAUGAUAGAGGAAGUGGCGAAGCCGCUGAUCGGAGAAACAAACAGAGUUGUUUUCGAGGAGGAGGUGGGAGAAAGAAGGCGGCCAAGAAAGCUACGAGGAAGAACCAAACAUCGUCGUGUAGGGCGUUUGUUUUGGGACUCGUAUGGAAAUGUUUGUCUUGUGCGUCCACUACAAAGGUUACUAAUAUUGAUUAGUGAUCACUAAUGAGAAUAAUAAUUUUGGAAAUUUAUUGUUGAUGAUUGUUUAAAGUUCAAGAAUUGGUCGUGGUGAAGGAAAGAAACGAACCAAUGAAACCGGACGAAUACUGUUUCAAGACAAAACCCAAUAUAGAUUAAGAUGAAAUAAACAGUUUCUCAAACGAAACAAGAACCAUGAAGAACUAUGUUUUUAACUUCUAAACUUACAAUACAAUUGAAACAACAAGAGUGUUAAACAUCCAUAUA